UGUUAGAAAUAUUUCACGCUUACAAUCGUAUUGAAUUUUAGAAGUUUUCAACUUCAAAUUGGCAUAUAGAUAAUACGGAUAAAUCAAUUAAAAGAAGAACAAUCUCGUUUCUUAUUAUCUCAUGCUAAAUCACAAUAAAAUCAGUAACUAGAUUUUAUAAAGGUUUGUUCAAGCAGAAGCGGAACGCUUACGAAAGGUUUUGUGGUACAUAUGCUGCAUAUGGGAGAAAACGAACACACUUGGAGUAAUACUUAAGUAGUUCACUAUACUUAAUCGUGCUACAACGGUACUGUACCCAAAACAACUGACCGUACAGUACAUGGUAUGCAUUUCUGUUAAAAAUAGUUGACCGUUAAAAAUUCAGUAUUAGAAGACUACUUAACACGGACUGUUUAACUUGGAGUGCUUAUUAUAAUAUUUAUAAUAACUAUAUUAAAAAUAAGUGGAACACCUCUAACUUCAGUUCUAACCUGGAAAGUUGAAGAAAUUUCUUACUUCACUUCUUCUUACUUCUUACUUUACUAAAAAAUCAUACCAUGGAGAAAAUUUAUCCAGAAUUCACAGAAAGCAAGAAACCAUCGCAAGAGGCUAAUAAACGCAUUCGUAAGACCCCCAAAGUAGGCGACUACUUUCGGAUAAUCCAUGAAAAUUGGCGCACAUAUGAAGUUCGGGUAAAUUCGGUCAAUGCAGAGAAACAACUAUGCGUUGUUUAUAUUUGUGGAUUAUGUAAAGAGUGUAUAGCACAUUUUAAAGAAUUAUUGCAAUCUCACGGAUACUCUGCUCGAGUUGAACAAUGGACUGAGUACAGAAAAGCUACUCUAAGUGUUACAAAAGUAUUCGAUUGCUCCGCAUGUGCUGUGGGCAAUACCUUACGGGUGAAAUGUGAAGAUGGAUUGAAUUAUGAGGCGCAAGUAAAGCAAAUAAUCAAGGAAAAAUACCUCUAUUUAAUUUGGAUAAACUGCUUUGAUGCAAUCAAAGUAGUCACAUUUGAUAUGUUAAUGCCCUGCCACGAAGUAGAGCAAGUCUACGAAUAAGAAGUAAAAUGAAUUUAAUUAUAUCAUCAAAUAAUAUGGUAUGUCACCCAUUGACGUACUUUGAAACCGAAAAGAUUGAGUUUAUUUUUAUACAAUAUUUUUGUAUUAUGAGUUCGAUCGAUCAAGGGUUAAGUGUUUGCUAUCACAUCAAAAACAUUUUUUUAAUAUAUGUCAUGUUUAAUAUUAUAUAAAAUAAAAAUAUAUAAGUUCUAAGACGGGAAUGAUAUGAAGUAAAUUUGAAUCACAAACUUAAACAUUAUAAAUCAUUUCACUA